AUGGGCGUGGGCCUUCUUCCGCCGCAGGAGGGUAUGAUCUACUUACUUGAGACCGCGUCGGCGGACCCCCCAGAAGCGCCGCCACCACUCACAAAAAAUCUCGUGUUUCGUGUUUUAUUUUCACUGCCGGCGAACAAUGCGGGCGAGGGAGACGAAACAGGCAAAGUCUCGGCGGUGGAGAAGGCGGCGUACGACCCCGGCGUGGACGUGUUCUUCCAGGAGAACGCGUGGAUGGACGGCCCAGCGUGCAUGGCGUGGGCAAACAACAGCUUCCUACGCAGCAUCAAGGGGGAGGAAGGUGUCGUUCCAAUGGAGCAGUCCAUCCUUUUCGCGGACAAUUUGCACGCGCAGACAACGGACGAGUUCAAGAAAUUCCUUUACGGCGAGUGCAACACGCUGCUGCGGCUACUUCCCCCCAAGUUGACCGACGAACUCCAACCGGUCGAUGCCGGCUAUGGACGCCUCCUCAAAGUCGAAGACGGUAACGAGCUGGAUGAAUUUCUUGGGCACGAGGAAAACCUUUGCCUGUGGGAGACCAACAAGCUUUCAGCUGGUGCAAGGCGAAUCCUUUUCACGCGAUUCAUUGCAAGGGCGGUCGCGUGAAUGGACGAUCGGCCUGGGUACCGCCAUCGCCUGUUCGAGAAGACCAGACUGGCGAUGACGGCAGACGGGUCGUUGGACGACCGCAUCAAUCCGGAGGGUGUAGUUGGGGGGUACAAUUUCAUGGAUGGGGGCACGAGCAGUGACAAGGAGAUGCCCGACCAGGAUGAUGAGGUCGGCGACGACGACGGGGGGGGGCGGGUGGUGGCGAAUCAACCUGCGACAGCGACGCAAGCGCAGAUGAUGAUGGUGAUGACCACGGCGAAGUUCAAGACCUCCUGUCACAGCUAGACAGCGACGAUGACGUCGACUCCGACGAUGACAUCAUCGCGAUGGAGCUUCCGGUCGAAUUCCAUCUUGAAGAGUCUCCUCCAGAAAAGCUGGAUCGCCCUUUGAUUUGCCUUGCGUGUUCUUGAGGCAUGGUAUGGGGUGGUUCUUGGGGCAGAUCAGCCGGGCAGCGCCCCCGCAAACUAGCCACACGUACGACUACCGCGUGGUUUUGGCGUACGAUCAAAGCACCAUCGGUGUGAAGAUGCCUCUAGAUGCAUAUGAUGUAGACGAGGCGAACGCAGCCGUAGGAGCGUGGGCGUUGAUCAAGCCGAUCGACGAUUCGAAUGAGCCGGCGGGGGGGUGUGAGGGUGAAUAGCCACGCCGGCAGGGCAGUAGGGCACGAACCCCCAACGUUCGCAACAUUGACCAACCGGGAUAGAGCAUGCCAAGUUGUGACAACUUCACCAAUCGAUUUCGAAGGGCGUUAGGGAUAUACGGAGUAUUUUGUCCGCACGCACAUUAGCACAUUGACUUUGCGCUUCUUCUUUUCUUUCAGUUCAGUACCGCGGGGUGUCGUGCAAGCAUGUAUCCAGCGGGUAGUGCAAAGCUUCGUGGCUGGAAAAGGAAAUAGGGAUGAUAAGAAAUCGUGCAAUUUGCAUGGUGGCGAAAAGAUAGGAAAUUGCGAAAAUAAGAAAUCGUGCAAUUCUCGUCGGGAAAAAAUAGAAAAUGCCGACAUAAGAAAUUCAGCUCACUAUGGCUGUGGCAAUAAGAUUUGAGCCUAAGCUGAAAUAGGUGUUUCUUACGAGUGGGCCGG